CUCCUCCUCUGCUGCUCUUCAUCCCUCCAUCUUUCUUCUUCUUCUCUUUGGGGAAAACAAAUGUUUGCUUAGUCGGCUUGAAAGUUGUCUCCCUCGAAGGUUUAUAUUUUAUUAUUAUUGUUGUUUUUUUAAUUUUUCAUUCUUGUUUUUUUUUUUUUAACUUUUUUCAAAAUUUCUGUUUUUCUUUAGUGUUUUCCUCUUUUUAUAGCUUCUUCAUCGUAAAACUCAACGUGAACUUAUUUGCUCAAAAAAAAGAAGAAAAGGAAAGAAAACUUUCACUCCUCACUUUAUUUUUGGCUCCUGGUCUCCAUUGCCUUUGGGGUUCGGAUGUUUGGGGUCCAGGAGAGUCUCCCCCGGGGGCCCGGAGGCAGCAUGAAGGAGGAGCCGCUGACCGCUCGCUCCACAUGGAUCCACACGGCGGCAGUUUUGGAUGCCAACACAGCCGCUCAGAGCGGCGUGGCUCUGUCCCGCGCACACUUCGAGAAGCAGCCGCCGUCCAACUUGAGGAAGUCCAACUUUUUUCACUUCGUCCUGGCGCUCUACGACCGUCAGGGGCAGCCGGUGGAGAUCGAGCGAACCGCGUUCGUGGACUUCGUCGAAAAGGAGACGGAGACUCCGGGGGAGAAGACCAACAACGGGAUCCACUACCGUCUUCAGUUGCUCUUCAGUAAUGGUGUGAGGACGGAGCAGGACGUGUUUGUGCGCCUUAUCGACUCUUCCACCAAACAGGCGAUCGUCUAUGAAGGUCAAGAUAAAAAUCCAGAAAUGUGUCGAGUUCUACUAACGCAUGAGAUCAUGUGCAGUCGCUGUUGUGACAAGAAAAGUUGUGGGAACAGAAACGAGACGCCGUCAGACCCCGUCAUUAUUGACAGAUUUUUCCUGAAGUUCUUCCUCAAGUGUAACCAGAACUGUUUGAAGAACGCCGGCAACCCCAGAGACAUGAGGAGGUUCCAGGUCGUCGUCUCAACGACAGUGAACGUGGACGGUCACGUUCUCUCAGUCUCGGAUAACAUGUUUGUUCACAACAACUCCAAACAUGGCCGACGAGCUCGCAGACUGGACCCCUCGGAAGCAGCCACUCCGUGCAUCAAAGCCAUCAGUCCCAGCGAGGGCUGGACGACCGGCGGAGCCACCGUCAUCCUGAUCGGAGACAAUUUCUUUGACGGCCUACAGGUGGUGUUUGGGACCAUGCUGGUGUGGAGCGAGCUGAUCACACCUCACGCCAUCAGAGUGCAGACUCCACCACGACACAUUCCGGGGGUCGUCGAGGUCACACUGUCAUACAAGUCCAAGCAGUUCUGCAAGGGAGCGCCGGGCCGCUUUGUUUACACAGCUUUGAAUGAGCCCACCAUAGAUUAUGGCUUCCAGAGGUUGCAAAAGGUCAUCCCUCGUCACCCCGGAGACCCGGAGAGACUGCCCAAGGAGGUGCUGCUAAAGCGAGCUGCUGACCUGGUGGAGGCGCUGUACGGGAUGCCUCACAACAACCAGGAAGUGAUCCUGAAGAGAGCAGCGGACAUCGCAGAGGCGCUGUACAGCGUACCUCGUAACCACAACCAGAUCCCAUCUCUGGGCAACAGCGCCCCCCACGGGAUGAUGGGCGUGAACACGUUUAACGGACAACUGACUGCUAAUGUGUCGGACGCAGUGUCAGUGGGCUAUAGUCGUAACGCAGGCAGCGGCUCUCCACGGGGGUUCGUGUCCAGCUCCACUCCCCAGCACAGCAACUACGGCAACACUGUCACCAACAGCAUGAACGCCUACAACAACAGUGGGAUGUCCAACAUCGGAGUAGCAUCGUCACCAAACUUCCUCAACGGCUCUUCUACCAACUCCCCGUAUGGCCUCGUUUCCUCCAGCCCGACCAUGGCCGGGUCCAACUGUGGCUCCACUCAUGGAGUUUUCUCCUUCUCUGCUGCUGUGAAACAGAAGAGCGCCUUUGCCCCGGUCGUCCGGGCAACUGGUUCCAGCCCCCCUCCCAACUGCUCUGCUCCUAACACCAAUGGGUUGCAAGGAAUGUCUGGACUUGUGGUUCCUCCAAUGUGAAACGAAUCAGCUCCAAGGGACGAGGCCUCUGCCAGUUACUGACCUGUUCAUCGCAGUGAAACCUUGUCAAUAAAUAUCCUCUAUUUUCUUCUUGUUUCAGUCUGAUCCAGCUUUUGGAUUCAGCCCCCCCCCCCACUUGGGAUCUCGAUUUGUUUUUAAAACAUGUCCUCUGACAACCACAGUGUGUAAACCCCCUCACCUCCCCACAUUCCCUAGUCCCUGUCAGUUUUUUUAACACUCUGAUUUGAUCAAUAUUGUUGCGCUAUACCUGUACAAACCUGCAUUGUUGACUGUGUCUUCUCUUGUGUUGUGUGACUCUCCACACUUUUGGUGCUGCCUUUGUGUAAUGCUGUGACUAGCUGUAAUUUGUCAGUUGACCUCUGCCCCCUUUGCCACCGCACAACCACACUUCUCAUCCAAAACGUUUUGUACAAAAAUAAAAAGUAAUUUAUAUCUGAUGUUUUUCUAUCUCUGGAUGGUUGUUGUCAUGGAUACGUACAAACUUUCACACAA